AUGUCGGCUAACCAACGAAUCCCGCCUGUCAAGACAGAGCGAUCCCACGAAGAGAAUCAGGAAAGGGCAUACAUUGCUGCGUCAAGAAGAGCUGACCGAAGUCUGGAGGCUAGGGUGCAGUCCGCUCGCCAGGCAUCUGAAAUUCAUCGGAGACGAACAGGACGAGGUCUCAAAGUUAGUGAAGAGAUUGUACUGAAGGAGGAGAUGUAUGAGGAAGAAGAGGAUGAUUUACCGCGCCACUACAAAUUCCUUACUGCGCAUCUUCAAACGAAUUCACCUGACAUGAAUCACCGGGUGAAUGCGUACAUCACGACGCAGACGGCAAUGGCUACGAUGGCUCGCUAUCAAGAGAUUAACAGACUCUUCAGCGAAUCUUUUCCGACUGCCAUGACAAACCAGCAGCAGCAGCUCAAUAGCUCCGCGUAUAUGGCAUCACUUAUGAACAACGACGCAGGGUUUUCGAACCGAUUAUCUAUUUCUGGGUCCAGUCAAGAUUCUUCUGCCACCCGCACACACUCGGUGUCUUCGCAGUCGCUAUUUGACGGAAUUGACCGGAGAGGCUCUGCUACGAUUGGAAGCCCAGCGCCCAAUUCGGCUACUACUAUAUCGUCGCCACCAGCUCUAACGCCUGGAUCCACCUCGACGGAUGCUGAUGCGGCAGAGUCGAAAGCGACCCCGUUUCAGACACCAUCGGCCUUCCCACCUCUUCAUCUUGACCCACAGUUAGCGCAACAGUCAACCUCGUCAUCCGCAUUCACUUCUGAAUUACCUAACGAGGUAAAGAUGAUGGCCAACAUCGACAUGAAUGACCCAAUGGCGAUGCACUUCAUGGGAGAUCCUUCAACCUAUCAAAUGUUUGGUCCCUUCCCUGGCGACUCUACAACUCAGGAUGAAAAUUCCGAAGUCGAUAUUAAGCAGGAAGUUCCUACAUUCUCGCCACAUGAAGCCCAUAUCCCAGAUGAUGAUAUCUUUCCAACAUCGGACAAUUCUAUGACGGAUAACACAUUUAACCUCCUGGACUUCCACAAUGAGGGCUAUGACCAAAUAGGCACACCUGUUGGUGGAACAGGAGGUGAUGGUAGUUGGGAGAGUUUUGUCGACUUCGGAUCGGAGCAAUAA